AUGCCUUCCUUCUCCGGUAGCGAAAGAUGGGCAAGUCAGGACCUCAUAACAUUCCAAGUUGCCUGUCUUCGAAUGGCAGGAACUCUAAUGGAUCGCGAUUCAACGCCAGCGAAACUCCUUGAAGAGUUCCCGGUGAACGGUCGACUUCAGCGUCACGACCAACGGCGCUCUCUUCGAUACCGCAAGCGCAAUUGCAAUCUGCAUCCCACCCCCCGGCACGCCAUCACGAUAAAGUUCAACAACGCCAAGUUCGAUGUGCCCAAAUCGCCUGUGAAGGGUACCGCGGUAGACACCUCCAAGCUGUUCAACCAGCAGAAAAAUUCCGACCUGGUCGUGCAUCUUGACUACGAUCACUGGUACCGCCACAAAUGCAUCGUUCACGAGGCAUCUGGUGUCGAGUCCGAGCUGUCCGACCUCCAUGCUCAAACCAGGGGACUGGUGGGCCUGGCUCAUCUAGCGAAGGAGUACAAUCGCAUCGAUUUGAAGAGUAUUGUCGACAAGGUCUUGCGCCAGGUCAUUGACGAAGAAAAGGAUAUUGAGAAGUUCAGCCGGAUCAUCCUAGAUCUGUACUGUACCGGCAACUCAGAGCUUGAGCGAUUUGCAGAGGAGCUUGAGAUCGAGCGUACGCCCGAAUUGCUUGAAAAUCACAAAACGCGAGAGAAUAUCCACGUUGACACCGUCAAGAAGUGGAUGGACACGAUGAGUUUUCGCAAGAAGGUUGUUGAGCCUGAAGAGGCGCUCGCAGGAGACACACAAUUCGGGAUGGAGGAGGCCGCUGCUGCUGGAGAUACCACAAUAGCGAAGACGGAGAAGAUCAGCCUCAAACAUGAAAGCGAUUCGUCAAAGGCUAUUGGCGAAGGGGGUGGUCGGCCGAGCAAGAUUCGUCGAACCUCGUAA